AAGUUAGUGACUGGCUACUUAACAAUGUGGGCCCCCGACGUCUCUGAUCUCGCAGGCGGUGCGAAGGCGUGCGAAGACUGAGGGUGGUGGGCGGCUCUCCAUGGCAUUUCCCGGGACUUCCGUCCCGCUCGCCCCCGUUUCCUUUGUGCCUCUUCGCCGAUGCGGGGCGGCGCGCGCGUUCGUGUGUUUUGGCGUCUGCGUGCCGCCUUUGGUGGAUUCCUUUCACUGACGACGCCCCGCCCCUGGAGGAAGGAGACGAAGAUGCGUGGCGACCUUGCGCAGAAGGUUAACGGGCUGGCAGUGUGCGCAGCACCCCCAACCGUGGGCCGGCCAUUCAGGGCCCUGCCCAGCGCCGCGGGCCUCCUGCCAGCGCCCGCCCGCACUGUGGCGCAGAG